AAAAAAAAAAAGCAGCAUUUUUAAAGUGUGGAAGUGGUCCUUGGGAGAAAUCCAAACACCAAGGUGGUCCCUACGUUGAAAAAGGUUGAGAACCACUGCCCUUGAACAGUUAAGCAGAUUAGGAAUUAUAUUUCUCGGCCAUUUAUUUGUUUAUUUAUUUUUAAACUUAUCUGUGCAUCAUGCUUCAUGAAUUGAAGAACAUCUAAAAUGGAUCAACCUUUUUCUUUUCAAUGAUUAGUCAGAUUUGUAGCUAAAAUAAAAAUCAGUCUGUAUUUUAGUUAAGCAGUGUGACAUUGAAAGUGCUGAAUGUAAAGGAGAGGGGGAGGUCUUUACUAUAUUGUGCAGUGAGAUGGGGACAAUGGUUGUCCGGGUGUCUAGACAGACCUGAUAAGGAUAUUUAAUCCAAACAAAAGGGGCUAUUGUGAAUGGGUGAGGGAGCUGGUCACAUAUGCUCCAUUCCAGCAUUUAUUGGUGUGCUGGCUGAGGCCCGUGUGUCCUGUCUGAUGGAGCAAAUUGAGGGCUUUUUAUGGUGGCAUUAUUUUGAAUAGGUGGGAGAUGAUAAUAUUACUCCAGCGUUUUUGUUUUUUUUGCCUGGGGUAUUUAUGAGAGUACAUUUACAGUGAAACCUGCCUGAUCUGGCAUCGCUGGACUUUACUACGUAAAUGAGCUGAAAAAGUUGGGCCUUGGCAACGAGGUGGAGCUGCAUGUGUACGAGGUUCCUGUGGAGUACCAGACUGUUCAAACUCUAGUGCCUUCCCUGUGGAAGCAGUACCAUCCGCAGCUGGUGGUCCACGUUGGACUUUCUGGAAUGGCAACAACGGUGACCCUGGAAAAGUGUGGCCAUAACAACGGCUACAAGGGGCUAGACAACUGCAGCUUCUGUCCAGGCUCUCAGUGCUGUGUGGAGGGAGGUCCUGACUGCAUAGACUCUGUCAUUGACAUGGACUCUGUCUGUAAAAGAGUUGCCGCUUCGGGACUGGGGGUUGCAGUCUCUGUAUCGAAGGAUGCUGGCAGAUACCUGUGCGAUUUCACCUACUACACCUCCCUGUACCUGAGCCACGGCCGGUCCGCGUUCAUCCACGUGCCCCCACUGGGCAAGCCCUACACUGGGGAGGAUCUGGGCCGGGCACUGCAGGCCAUUGUGCGAGAGAUGCUGGACAUCCAAGAGCAGAGCGAGGUGAAAAUCAACUGUCAGCAUGCACACUGAAGACACUGGAGACAUAAAGAAGGAGAGAGAGAGAGAGGGCUAGAGAAACCCCUUUGGAACAUUGCACUUAGGGAAAAAUAAAAAGAUUAUGCCUCAACAAUAAUAAAAACCCAAAAAUGAAAGAAGCUUGUGAGAGCGGGUCGGGACAUGAACUCGUUUGACAGGAGAUCUGCUCAAAUACUCCAUACAGACGAUGUGAUGUCAUGUGACCUUCCCCUCUUUGCCAAGAUUCCGAGUCCAGCAAUCUAGAUCAGCCACUUUCACCUACUCAGAACCUCAACUGGUGCUAGUUAAUGCUUUAAACUGCUUGUACAUUAAGAAGUCUAGGCACAAGAAUCCAAGUUCUGGUCAAGAUUUAUACCAGCUAGCCUAAUUGGUCACUUGUGCCCCCUGAUCAUAACUUUUGUGCAGGAUCCUACAAAUGUGCAUUAGAGUGUACAACAAAGGAUGAUCAAGAUACCUUAGAAGUAAACUAUGUAAUAGGAUAAUUUGUUUUUUAUACAUAAUCUAUCUUUUAGUUUUAUGAUCUAGUAUUCUAUGAAGACAGUCUUUUUAAUAUUUUCAGAUUAUAUAUAAAUAUAUAUACAACUGCUGCUUUCUUUUUUGUACCUCCCUCUAAUUAUAACAAAAAACUGUGCUUUUGUUUUAAAUACUCAUUUCAAACAAAGCUAAAGGUGGACCGACCAUCAGAAAUCCUGUCAGUUUUCUGGUCAUGGGCCUAACCAAAAAAAGUUUUUUAUAUAUCAUGAUCCAAAUUUAAAAUUCAACUAGCCCAACAUUCCUUCUAGUCAUUUUUAGCUGGAUUGAGAGAACACUUCUUGAAACCUAGUCCAGUUAGAUUUGCAAGUUUGAUUAAAGAUAUAUGUGCAGAUGUGUAAAUGUCGAUCUUUAUAUAAAAAAAAAAAAUAGUACUGUAUUUUUUGAGAGCUAAAAUCCAGAUUACAGUACGUGGUUAAAAACUAAUUUGCAUAGCAGUAAGUAGAAGAAAUAAAUUCCUGUGAUUUCUGUUGUUCUAAUGUGUCAUAUCUGUGACCCUGUAUGUUGAAACAGUAGCACUUGUUAAUUAAUAAUACAUGUUUUAUUAGAUUAUUCACCCUGUUCCUUAAGCAGAACCAUAUGGCCUAUAGCUAGGGAUAUCUUUAAACUAUUGCACUUGCAAUAGUACUGUGAGUAGGUCCUAUUAGGUAGAUAACGGUAUGGUAGACUGAUAGUUUUCUAAUUCCAUGUUUUUGUUUCCAUGAAAUUCUAAUGUGAAUUAUUAUUAUUAUUACAUUUCCAGCAUAUUAUUCUCAUUCUAUUUCUAGUGGUCUGGUUUGUAGAUGGUGUUUGUAGAAUCGUUUUUGAAGUGUGAUCGCUAUUGUAAUGACAUUGUAUUUUUUUUGGUUGGUAGAGGUGUGCAGCCUCCCUGAAAUUCAACCCCAAAUUUCCAUUUCCAGACUGAGCUUAAUCCAAAAGGCAUCCAUUAUUUUAAGUGUGCUACACUAAAUUCAAAAACUUGUUUCAUCCCUCUAUAAAACCCCUUGUUCCGAUGUCACACUUGGGCUGCUGGCUGUCCUGUCAGUAGUCUACAGUCCAAUCUGCAAACUGACACAAAAGUAAACAUUACCU